AGAGAGAGAGAGAGAGAGUGAGUCGUGGACACCAAUUACAAGUCUACACUGGCCUUUUGCCAACCAUUCAAUUCUCACACGCUUUAAAAAUAAUAAAACAAAUGUCCACUAGAAAAAUAAAUAAAUAAAUAAGAUAGAGAAGAGAUUAUUAUAUGUUUGUUUAAUAAUCCUUCUUAGCCUAUCUUAGUCUAUCUCUCUUAAACAUGCACCCCACGUUCUACCAACAACACAACCAAAUUUGAGGAUUUGUCAAACCCAAAAAACAAAAACAAAAGAAAAAACAAACUCCCCAAAAAAUCAUUUGGAGUUUGGUGGGCUUCUCCCCCUUCUCCAUCUCUCUCCAAAACAACAUCGAAAAACACUAAAAAUACCCAAUUUUCUCUCUGUUCAUGCCAUAGCUCUAACCAUUUUCAUGUUCUGUUCCUUCUCCUCCUCCUUCAUUCCAUAGAUAUUAUAUAUCGCUCGAUUUUCAAAAAUGGUUCGAGCACUCGAGGAAGAACAAGAACAAUUAAGGUCCAGACUCUUUCAUUUCAAAGGAAUGCAUGAGAAUGCAGGACGGCAAGCACAUAGUAUGAUCAUUGAUGGCAGUGGAGCGUUGUCACCGGUUAAUGAUGGGUUAAUAACAUCAAGAAGUCAGGCAUCGAAACCUCUAAACAAUGAGCCUGUAGAGAAGCAGCGAAUUGGUUUUACCCUUCAUCGUAAUGACAAGGGUCUAAAAUCACGUUUUCAAAACGAUGAAGGCGCAGAGAGCCCUCGGUCCAAAGAGAAGCAUCCUUCAGAUAUGGAAUUGAUGAAGGAAAGGUUUUCGAAGUUGCUUCUGGGUGAGGAUAUGUCCGGUGGAGGAAAGGGUGUUUCAUCUGCUUUGGCAUUGUCGAAUGCCAUUACAAACCUUGCAGCUUCUGUCUUUGGCGAACAAAGGCGAUUAGAGCCUAUGGCACCAGAGAGGAAAGCAAGGUGGAGAAAAGAAAUUGACUGGCUCUUAUCUGUGACCGAUUACAUUGUUGAAUUUGUUCCUUCUAAACAAAAAAACAAAGAUGGAACACAUAUGGAGAUAAUGUCAACGAGGCAACGGACUGAUCUCCACAUGAACAUCCCUGCCCUGCGCAAGCUUGAUGCAAUGCUUAUUGACUGCCUGGACAACUUCAAAGAACAGAACGAGUUCACUUACAUGUCGAAAGAUGAUGACAAAAACAAGAGGAAAGAUGACAAAUGGUGGAUACCGACGCCUAAGGUUCCUCCAAAUGGUUUAUCUGAAUCCACGAGGAAAUGGCUGCAGUUCCAGAAGGAUUCUGUGAACCAAGUACUCAAAGCGGCACUGGCCAUCAACGCACAAGUUAUAACAGAAAUGGAAAUCCCUGAAAACUACAUCGACUCUCUUCCUAAGAAUGGUCGGGCUAGCCUUGGAGACUCGAUCUAUAGAAGUAUCACGGUUGGGGACUAUUUUGAUCCUGAUCAUUUUCUUUCCACGAUGGACUUAUCAUCAGAGCAUAAAAUCCUAGACCUCAAGAACAGGAUUGAGGCAUCAGUUGUGAUUUGGAAGAGGAAGAUGAACGCCAAAGAUGGAAAGUCUGCUUGGGGUUCGGCUGUGAGUUUGGAGAAAAGAGAACUAUUUGAAGAGCGAGCUGAGACCAUCUUACUCAUCAUGAAACAGCGGUUCCUGGGUAUUCCUCAAUCUGCAUUAGAAAUCAGCAAAAUCGAAUACAACCGGGAUGUCGGACAGGCGGUUUUGGAGAGCUACUCAAGAAUAUUAGAAAGUUUGGCCUUCACCGUCAUGUCGAGAAUAGAAGACGUUUUACAAGCAGAUAAUCUUGAACGAAAUCCAUCGCAUGGGGAGCAAAAACAAUAUCUUCAACAAGAUUCAUCACAAGUUAUGAGAGAAGACAAGUUUCGACAUACAAACGAUGAGUUAGAGAAACUAAACUCAGUAGAAACGAUGCCCAGCUCGAUGACAUUAUCAGAUUUCAUGGGUUGGGCUUUGGAUCAAGGGGAGAAUGAAACGAAGAAGGAUUCAACGGACAAUUUGUUGAAAGAAAAGGAUGCAAAGGCCCUAAGCAAACCACCGAACAUUGUGACAAACAAGAAACUUUCCUAUAUAGAGAGGCUUGAGACCUUAGGCGGUCUAAGAAGUCCAACAGCACGCCAUUGAUGAGAAUUAUAUCGGACACUUCAUGAAAUUUGAAAACAGACAUGGAAGAUGAAGCACUAAGAGUGAGAAAGCUUGACCUUUGAUGUAAAUAUUCAGACCUAAUUAGGUUUUAGUUGAAUUGGGAUUCGUUUCAUUUUGUAAUUAGGGAAAAUCGAGUGUCCCUAUCGGGUCUGAAACAUUUGUACAUGCUUUCUUCUGUGCAAGGCAUCAUUUUGUUGACUUGUAGGCUAAGGAUGUUAAAUUGUUAAUUCUGAUUGGUUUAUCUACAUAGAGUGUUUAGCUA